CCGGGGGCCUCGGAGCAAGAUGGCGGUGGUGGGGUCCGAGAGGCGCGGGCGGCGGCGAGUGAGGCGUCAGUGAGGGGAGGGUGGGGGCCCGGGGGCCCGGGCGGCUCCGGGCCAGGGCCCCUUCGCGGGACGAACCAUGCUACGCUCCACUGGCUUCUUCCGGGCUAUCGACUGUCCAUAUUGGGCAGGGGCGCCCGGGGGGUCCUGCCGGCGACCUUAUUGCCACUUCCGGCACCGCGGGGCCCGGGUCCCCGGUGCGCCCGGCGGCGGUGGAGCGGCGCCCCCCGCAGCAGGGCUUGGAUAUGACCCGUACAAUCCCGAGCUGCCCAAGCCCCCAGCACAGAGGGAGAACGGCACACUGGGCCAGGGUGAUGAGUCCCAUUCGGACAUGCUGGAGCUGGAGCUGGUCAACCAGGCCAUAGAGGCUGUGCGCACCGAGGUGGAGCUGGAGCAGCGGCGCUAUCAGGAACUCCUAGAGACCACCCGUGAGCAUGGUGCGCCCUCUGCCCUCGCACCCCGCGGCCCCACGAACAGCCCCAGCAUGGGCCUUGAUGAGGAUGCCUUCCCACUGGCCUUCAGUUAUACUCCUGGCAGCCAUGGCCUGCUCACCCCUGAUGCUAGCUACCAGCCAACCCCACUGGCCACCCCAGCUGAGCCAGGCAGCAGGUACUCCCUAACGUCUCUGGAAAGGGGUCAGGGCAAGGCGGGGGGGUGUAGCAGUGCCCUGGAGUAUGUCCCCAAAGCUGUCAGCCAGCCUCGGCGGUACAGCCGCCCUGUGCCCAGUGGCAAGUAUGUAGUGGACAACUCCAAGCCAUCCACGGACCUCGAAUAUGAUCCACUCUCCAACUACUCAGCCCGGCACCUUAGCAGAGCCAGUUCUAGGGACAAGAGGGCCACCAAACGGCCCCGGGGCUCCCGUGGCAGUGAGCCCUAUACACCUGCUCUCAAGAAGCCCUGUGACCCCUUCAGUUGCUGCGAUGCUCGGUUUUCGGACUCAGAAGAUGAUGUGGCCAGUCCCCCUAAGGCUGAGGCCAGUCCCCCCAAGGCCUCUGGGAAGCCAACCUCCAAGGAAGGCCAGGAGCCAGAGGAGGGCAGCCCUCGAGAGACCAAGGAGAUGGCAGUGCAGUACGAUGUCGGGGACCUUGGACAGCCCACAAAGGGCCCAGAUGGGACAUCCCCCUUGAAGCCAAACUCUCCAAACAAGGUCCCCCAGGAUCUGAGUGGCCCCAAGGAGGACAAACCCAAAAAGAAGAAGAGUGGGACCCCACCAUCCCUCAACCAUAAGGACAAUACCCGGAAGAAAGACAAGAGAAAGGACAAGGACCGAAGGCGAUCUGGAGACAAGCCCUGUCCCCACAAGAAGAGCCCUCAGUCCAGGAGUUCCAGGGGCACAGCUGAGCCACUCGAAGGGACCAAGAAAAAGCCAUCUUCAGCCACCUUGGUGGCCAGCUCAGGGAAAGGGGGGCCUGGCCGUCUCACCAGUGAGGGUCCCCGGUCCCAGGACUCUCAUCCUAGCUCCCACCAGCUGCUGGACAGGAAGGAUGGUGGCAAACCACUGUCUGGGAAGCUGGUGGAGCGCAAGACCCGCUCACUGGAUGAGGGCACCUCUCAGGAUGCCCCCAAGCUGAAGAAGCGGGCCCUGAGCCAUGCUGACCUCUUUGGGGAUGAGAGCGAGGAUGAGGAUGUGGGGGCUGGUGCGCCGCGGGUCUGGCCCCCCUCCCUUCCCAGCCUCAGUUCAGACUCAGACUCAGACUCCAGCCUGGGCCUCCCUGAGGAGCAGCUGUCCAAGCGGCUCAAGGCCUCUCCACCCCCAUCCCCCACGCCUCCCUCCCCUUUCUCCCCCUCAUCUGCGGGGGCUGGGGAGGACACAGAGGAGGACUACUCAGCUCUGGAGAAGGAGGUUGACUUCGAUUCUGACCCCAUGGAGGAGUGCCUGCGGAUUUUCAACGAGUCCACCAGUGUGAAGACGGAGGACAAGGGCCGGCUGGCCCGGCAGCCCCCCAAGGACGAGAAGGGUGAGGAGAAAGGGCAUACGGGCCUGACCACUCUGUUCCCAGGGCAGAAGAGGAGGAUCUCCCACCUUUCCAAGCAAGGCAAGGAGGCGGAGCCCCCAAAGAGGGGUCCUGCGGUUCCCCCAGCCCGGCCACCAACUGCCCAGGAGGUCUGCUACCGCCGGGCCCAGCAGGCGCAAAGGGAGUCAGCCAGCUUGCUCCAGGCUGUUACAAGGCCAGCGGAGAAGCCUUCGGUGCACAUCUCAGCCCCCGGGGAGAAGAGGAGGAUUGCCCACGUCCCCAACCCUCGCUUGGCCACCGCCCCUACAGGUGCCAAGAGGACCCUUACGGCCAGCAGCAGCCAGGCUCCCAAUGGCCCUGAGUCAGGCAGCCAGCCACUGAAGACACGUACGCUGUCAGGGAUGGCGUCCAAGACCACCACUACCAUCACUCCCAAACGCAUCGCUCAUAGCCCGUCUUUACAGAGUCUAAAGAAACCCAUUAUCCCAAAAGAGUUCGGGGGGAAGGUCCCCACCGUCAUCCGCCAGCGCUAUCUGAACCUGUUCAUCGAGGAGUGCUUGAAGUUCUGCUCAUCUAACCAGGAGGCUAUAGAGAAGGCGCUGAAUGAGGAGAAGGUGGCUUAUGACCGCAGCCCCAGCAAGAACAUCUACCUGAACAUCGCUGUAAACACACUGAAGAAAUUGAGGGGCCUGGUUCCCAACACUGUGCCUGGUCUCAGCAAAGCCAGUGGCCGGAGGCUUGUGUCACAUGAGGUGGUGCUGGGGGGCAAGUUGGCUGCCAAGACCAGCUUCUCCCUAAGCCGCCCUAACAGCCCGAGGGUGGAAGAUCUGAAAGGGGCCGCCCUGUACCGCCGCCUCAGGGAGUACCUGCUCACCCAAGAGCAGCUCAAGGAGAACGGCUACCCCUUCCCCCACCCUGAGCGCCCUGGUGGUGCGGUCAUCUUCACAGCAGAGGAGAAAAAGCCCAAGGACUCCUCCUGCAGAGUCUGCUGCCGCUGUGGCACUGAGUACCUUGUGUCCUCCUCCGGCCGCUGCGUGCGAGAUGAGGAAUGCCACUACCACUGGGGGCGGCUCCGCCGUAACCGAGUGGCUGGGGGCUGGGAGACUCAGUACAUGUGCUGCUCAGCGGCUGUUGGCUCCAUCGGCUGUCAGGUUGCAAAGCAACAUGUGCAGGACGGCCGGAAGGAGAACCUCGAGGGCUUUGUGAGGACCUUCGAGAAGGAGCUCUCGGAGGAUGCUCAUGCAGGCAUCUUUGCCCUUGACUGUGAGAUGUCCUACACCACCUAUGGCCUGGAGCUGACCCGUGUCACAGUGGUGGACACGGAGAUGCAAGUGGUGUAUGACACCUUCGUCAAGCCUGACAACGAGAUUGUUGACUACAACACCAGGUUCUCAGGGGUGACAGAGGCCGACCUCACGGACACAAGCAUCACCCUGCGGGAUGUACAGGCCGUCCUGCUGAGCAUGUUCAGUGCCGACACCAUCCUCAUCGGACACAGCCUGGAGAGCGACCUGCUAGCCUUGAAGGUUAUCCACAGCACCGUGGUAGACACGUCCGUGCUGUUCCCCCACCGUCUGGGCCUGCCCUACAAGCGCUCCCUGCGGAACCUCAUGGCUGACUACCUCAGACAGAUCAUCCAGGAUAAUGUGGAUGGGCACAGCUCCAGCGAGGAUGCCAGCGCCUGCAUGCACCUCGUGAUCUGGAAGAUCCGUGAAGACGCCAAGACCAAGCGAUGACUCCCGCCACCUGCCACCCUGCCGCCCGCCUACCCACCCGCCCGCCUGCCCACUUGCCUCUCCUGCAGCCCCGGCUUGUCCUUAGCCCCAGGCCUCUUCCAAAACAGUGCAAUAAAUCUGAGAGCUAACCCUGUGCACCUCACAAGAACAGAACCCAGGAGCAGGGAUGAGAUGGCGUCGCCACAGCCAACGCAAGACCAACCAGGAGCUCGACCCCACCAGCCCGCGCCCGUCCCCACCUCUGUGCCCCUAGGCCUGGUCUCAGUGGAGCUGCUGCUGACCAGGACAGCUCUGAGCCAGGUCCCUAUCUCCACCUCAGCCCCUUUGUACUUGAUAUAUGUGGGGGGAGGGAGGGCGGGCUUGUUUGAGACAGGAGUUGUCUUUUUUUUAUUUUGUAUUGUUAUUUUUAUUAAUUUUUAAUUUAAACCUGUUGACUUGCACACUUUCUUUCCCUUGCGGGAGGAGCCUGGCCCUGGCCCCACCUCCCUUCUAGGGGAAGGGGUGGGCAUGAGCCAGACCCCAAGCCAUGGGCCAGGGCCUCAAGGUCUGGCCCUGUGGGCCUAGGUGCCUGCCUGGAGCCCAGGUAGCUGGGCCUGCCUUGAGGGAGGCAGCUUCCAGAACCCUCCUCAGCCCACCUGAACUUGGUGACCUCGGAGAGCCAAGCCAGCCCUGCCAGCCCCAGGGUCUUGCCUUCCAGAUGUGCCCCCAGGCCCAGGGCCACUGGACUGUCUUCCUCAGAGCCCGCCCCGCCCCUACUUUGUACGGGCUCUCUGUAUCCCUUCCCUGGGCAGGGACAGAAUAAAUGUUUGUAUGGAUUUUA